CCAGUGCAGCCAGUCGCCGUUGUCAUCAAGAUGGCCGCAACUCUGUGGUGCCGCGUUCCCACCGGUCAGGCCGUCGUGUGGAUCGGUCCAUGUUACCAUCUGUGGGCCGAUCCGUCUUACGUGCCCGUGGCCUACUACGACCAAGGCACGGCGAGCUGGCUGUACGGCGACGAGGCCGAGUGGGGCAAUUCGGCCCUGCCGCCGGCGCCGCCGUCACCCCCUGCAAGUCCAUGCGCCUCCAGCUCCGCUCCAGUCGGCCCGGGAAGCCCCUGGCUGUCCAGCAGCGAAUCCGCCCCAAGCAGCCCGUCCAUCAGCCAGUCCUGCCCCGCGGAGGCCUCUCCCUCCACAGGCAGCUCGUCAUCCGGGCCGUCGGAGAUAUGGGGCACCCCGAGCCAGAGCCGCCAGCCUCAAGACGACAGCGGAGUAGGGUUGGCCAGUCCUCCGUUCUUCACUCCGUCCCCGGGCGUCCCCGCCAGCACUGCAGCCCGCGCGAUGGGCCCCACGACCUGUAAGUAUCCCAGAGCAGAGAGUUGA